UGUGUGUGUGUGUGUGUGUGUGUGUGUGUGUGUGUGUGUGUGUGUGUGUCAGAGACAAGACAAACUGUUUAUUUUGGCCUCAGGGAUAGUGGAUGUGUGUGUGUGUGUGUGCGCGCACGCGCUCAAAGGUGGGCUCUUGAUUUUUUAAAGCCGCUACUCCCAAGAAGCUGUGGGAUUGCCCUGUCUUUCUUUCUUUUCUGCAGAAUCUAAAUAUAAGUCGGUGACAAAUAGUCCAAAUACAGUAGCAACCCAACUGUGAUGUGGGGGUGGUGCUGAGAGAGCGGCUCCGUCUCCAGAGUCCCUUCUGUUGGAUCCGGAGUCCGUCAGGAGAAGGUCGCAGAGAGUCUCAGCUCCCACCUGCGCUGUACCUCCCUUUUUUUCUUCCUCCUCUUCCUCUCCUUCUUCUUCUUCUUCUUCUUUUUCUUCUCCUCUUUAUUUAUCAUGAAGAGACAAAACGCCAGGACCCUCGCGCUCAUCAUCAGCAUCCUCACCUACCUGGUGGUCGGAGCCGCCGUGUUCGAGACGCUGGAGUCCAAACAGGAGAAGAGUCACAAGAGGAAGCUCGACGCCAGAAAGUACGAGCUCAUGCGCAAAUACAACUUGACCAAAGAGAACUUCGAGGAGCUGGAGCACGUCGUCCUCCACCUCAAACCUCACAAAGCGGGGGUGCAGUGGAAGUUCGCCGGGUCCUUUUACUUCGCCAUCACUGUGAUUACGACCAUCGGUUAUGGUCACGCCGCGCCCAGCACCGACUCAGGGAAGGUGUUCUGCAUGUUCUACGCCCUCCUGGGGAUCCCUCUCACCCUGGUCAUGUUCCAGAGCCUGGGCGAGCGGAUCAACACCUUCGUCCGGUACCUGCUGCACCAAGCCAAGAAGUGCCUGGGGAUGCGUCAGACCGAGGUCUCCAUGGCGAACAUGGUGACGGUGGGCUUCUUCUCGUGCAUGAGCACUCUGUGUGUGGGGGCCGCGGCGUUCUCCCACUGCGAGGGCUGGAGCUUCCUCCACGCGUUCUACUACUGCUUCAUCACGCUGACUACCAUCGGGUUCGGAGACUACGUGGCUCUGCAGAAGGACGACGCGCUGCAGAACGACCCUCGGUACGUGGCCUUCUGCUUCGUUUACAUCCUGAUGGGCCUGACGGUGAUCGGAGCGUUCCUCAACCUGGUGGUGCUUCGCUUCCUGACCAUGAACACUGAGGACGAGCGGAGGGACGCCAAACAGAAGGCCCUGAUGUCCGUCAGCAAGUCCAGAGGAGAGGUGGCCCGUCUUAUACCUGUCUCGGCCUCGACUUCCUCCACACCUGUAGCAGAGGACACCGCAAAGGCGAGAGAUUUAAAAGGUGUCUACACUGAGGUGCUUCACUUCCAGACUAUAUGCUCCUGCUUGUGGUACAGGAGCAAGGAGAAGCUGCAGGGCUCCAUACCGACUAUGAUCCCUCAGGAGCUGACGUUCUCCGAUGCCUACCUGCAGCAGAACAGUAACCGCCCUCACUACAUGGAGCCCGGGUCGACAGGCUGCGUUUGCAGUCCACGUCAGUGCACGAGCAUAAGCUCCAUAACGACGGGCCUGCACAUCCUCUCUCCGUUCAGGGUGUUCAAGAGACGCAGCUCCGUCUAGCCUUUCAAUACGGCACAAAUGUGUCCGUCCCGCCAAAGUGGACAACUCAUGAUUGGCAGUCCUCACGGCAAAGACAACUAAUGCGAGUAGAUGUUUGUGGUGCUAUAAUCCCAGUAAACCAACAGUAGGAGACGGGGGAAGGGGGAAAAAAAGCACAUGCAGUUCUGAGAACAGAGAUCUCACUGAAGUAUGUGAGCGAGCACGGCCCCCAGCGCUCUGACUCCAGGUCUUCUUCAGGGGCGGGCUGUUUGCUUUGAAGAGUCAUGUAGGCACGACGGUGUGGGCAUGUAGGUACGUCAUCCGGGUCGCUACACGUGGACACGUCAACACAGAGCUGCAGCGCGUGUGAUGCGGCGUGCACGCAGUUUGUAGGUGAGAGCAGAGCAGGUGCUGCAGGAGGCGUGUUAGCUGGCACAGUGAAACUAAAAUAAUAGCAACGUCCUCUUGCACAGCUCUGCAGUGAGUUCCGAAUGUGUGUUUCUGUUUCUUAUCUCAGAGAUGUUGAUGUCCGUGAGCUGUGUUUAGCACGUGUCUUGAUGUUAUUUAGGAAUUUCCUGUCAGAGUGUUUGUGACCGAUGCAGCACCAGUUCAGACGACUCUCUGGCCUCAUAAAAACUGCUUUACGUUUCCCGAAAUAUGUAUUUAAACUAAUCAUGAUUGUCAGAACUUCAUUAAAGCUCACACAUACACUGUAAAAAAUAAUUAAGUUUAGUUGCUGCUUUAAAAAUGUGAGUAAAUUCAAGUUGAAGAUAAGCUUUGGUUCAACUCAAAAAGUUAAGUUAAGAUAACUUCAACUAUAUUCGUACCAACUGCCAUUUCAAGUUAAAGUUUACUCAUGUUUUUAAGGCAGCAAUUAAACUGUUGUUUUCAAAUAAGAAAAGAUAUUCCUUUGUUAGGGACAUUUGCAGUGUCACAGCAGCAAAGUGACAGUACAAGAAAGAAAAAAUGCAAAAUGACAGUAAGAAAUACUUAGAAAUAUAAAUAUUAGAUAAUAAUAUAUAUUACAUAUUUACAAAUAUUUACAAAAUAGACAAAUUAUUUUAAUUGUAAUAUUCCAUUUCAUUUCAAGUCAAAAGACUUUAAGUUAGAACAACUCAUGUUUUUAAGUUCCAAAAUCUGAAAAUUAAAAUAUUCUUAGUUGAAUUAGCUUGAAGUUUUCUUAAAUAUUUAGAUCAAGUUGACGGGAAAUGAUCAGUCAAUUCCACUAAAAUCCUGCAGGAUUUUUUACAGUGUGUACUGAUAACUUCAUAUGACUCACAUGUGCAGUUGCCUCUGUUAUUGCGAUGAUUUUUAGUGCUCUCUGCUCAAACUGGACCGGUGCAUCAGUCACAAACACUUCUGAAUUACGUAACGUCACAAGUGGAAAGGUUCAAAAGAACCACGAUGACAAAGUAGAUCACACUCACCAGCUCCGACUGAAACACACUUCACUGGAUUUGUGUAACAGCAGCACAGAGCGCUGCUGUAAAGAUGAACGCUGGGCUGAAUCAACAUCUCUGACAGUGUCGCCCAAACCUGACCAGCCUCAGACGUGCUGCAGCGUUACUGUGCUGUCAGCUGUUUCUGUUACUGGAUCCACUGGGAUUGUUCUGCCUCAUGGAGUUUUCAUUGUGAUGCUUUUAAUUUUUAAAAAAUCAGGGGCCAGUUGCACAAAACACUUAAAGUUUUCUACUUACGUAAUGGCACUUAAGGGUUAAUUUCUCCUUAGCUGAGGGAGUUACUUAAGGGUGUUGCGCAGAAUCUCUUAAAAGCUACUACUCUGUCAUUUUCUCUGCCCCAUUUUCUGUCUCUCUGCACGAGCACAAUGCAUGAUGGUCCUGAUUGCUUGGUUAGUGACCAUCGGUUGUACACUACUUUUCACUAUGCAUUGUGGGAUACUAUGAGUCCAGACAUGUUGCAGAUAAGAUAGAGUCAGAGGUACCUUUAGUUUUUUUCCUUACUUUGGUUGCUAAGGUCUUUUGUGCAACAGUUUAAGUGAUUCCUUAAGUAUAAGACUAAGAUCAGGAGAAAACCUUAAAUACUUAAGUGAACAUUUCAAGGAAACGCUUAAGGCUGUUUUGUGCAACUGUUUUUAUUUUAAGGAAACCUUAACUCAGACUUUAAGGAAAAUCUUAACUUAAGGUGUUUUGCGCAACUGACCCUCAGUCCUUCAGGAACCAGAGCGGACUAUUAAAGGAACCGUUAAAUAUCCGGGGAAAUACUUCUUUUGGCGAGUUAGAUGAGGAGAUCAACACCACUCUCAUGUCUGCACCAGGAGCGAGGAGGCGGUUGACCUAGCUUAGCAUAAUGACCGCAAACAAACGAAACCUGGCUCUGUCCGACGUUCAAAACUCCACCUGCCCGCUAAAUUCACUAAUUAACACAUUAUUUGUUUAAAGGAAUAGUUUGACAUCUUGUGAAAUACGCUUCAAAUGCUUAUAGAUCACCAUGUGUGCUAAAUAUGAAGCUAGCUCAUUAGCUUAGCUUCGCAUAAACACAAACAGGGAGAAACAGCUCUGUCCAAAGAUAACAGCAACACACCUGUCAGCAUCUCUAAAGCUCACAAUGUUAUAGCUUGUUUGUUUAAUCACAUAUAAAAACAAUUAAGUGUAAGAACAAUAUACGCUGUGGAUUUCUUGUUCCAGGCCAAGAAAUAAUCUGGAACAUAACCUUCCGCAAAACCAUAAAUUGUAGUUUUCUUGUCAUUAAAUAAACAGGAUAUAACGUGUCAGCUCGUUACUCUCCUUGCUUCCAGUCUUUAUGCUAAGCUAAGCUAACUGGUUGCUGGUUUUAGCUUAGUAUAAACAGAGUGAUAUCAGUUUUUCACAUCAUUGUUUCAUGGUUUUAUAGGGAUUGAUUUGUUGUUACCACCAGAUGCUGAGCAGACAACAGAGCUCCUGGUUGGAGGGAUGAACUCGUUUGUCAUGAGACAAAUCAAGAAUUCCCCUUAAAACCAAAAAUUCUCAUCUUUAGGUUUCUGUUUAUGUGCAGAUUUAAACAUGAAGUGUUAGUUUGUGAGCUGUUUUGAGAUGCAGGGAGGUGGAUGUUUGAGCUUUGGACAGUGCCGAGCUGUACUAGCUGUUUCCCCCCUGUUUCCAGUCUUUAAGCUAAGCUAAGCUAAGCUAAGCUAAACUAAGCUAACUGCUUCGCACGAACAUGAGAGUGGUAUCGAUCUUCCUUUCUAACUCUUGGCAAAAAAAACCAAAUGAGCAUAUUAACCAAAUUUUAAAUAUUCUGAAAUACUUCUGAAAAAAUAAAAUCAAACAUUAGAUCUCAGAUUUCUAUCAAAGUACAUGUUUGGGGUUUGACUCGUAUAUUUUUCUCCACUCUGCUCUUUAAACCUGAAGGACUUUGGCUUCUGGAACUCUUCGACUAUUAAACAAAAGACAUGAAGUGUGCAGAUCUGUCCAAAUCACAUCUGGAUCAAACAGUAGCGAGGAUGCAAACUAUUUUCAGUAGCAGUGUGCAGUGGCAGAUGGGAGAGGGUUUCCUGUGUUUGGACAAUGGAUAAUGAGCUGGUUGUCAGUCGCAGACAAUUUUGCCACAAUAGACUGAGUCUGUGUGACUGAUGGAAAAGUGAAAACCCACCCUCAGAUACUAUCUCUUGUAUUUCUGGGCCAUUUUUAGAGUUUGGUGUUGUAUUUUUUCUGUGGGCGACAUGAUGUGUUGUCACGUUAAGUUUAAUUCUGGCAGCUACGACGGGGUUUUAAUCCCCAAAGAUGUUUGAUGUAUUUAAAACUCUCACAGAAAGUGGCAGGUUUUUGUUUUUGUUGUGUGUCGAAUCAGAAAGGAAGCGCUUUUUUUUCUUUGAUUCACAGAGAUUUGAUUUAUUUUGAAUUUAAAUUUUGAAUUUUACAGCGAUAAAUCAUCAUCGAGGAGAAAGAACUACACCUGCUUCAAACAGAUGAUCAGAAAGCAAUACAAGCACACAACUAAGGCUACGACUAACGAUUCAUUAUUGAUUAGUCUGACAAAUAUAAUUUCUUCAAUCAGCAGUUCAAAACCUAAAGAUGUUCAGUUUCUGUGACUGAUAUAAUUAUCGUUUGUUAAUUAAAGUGUUAUAUUUCCCUCUAAGAUGCAGUAAAGUACUUAGUUUUUCCGCCUCUGUCACAACCUGAAACAAACAAUAUAUGAGUCAGGAUUAAUUUUACAUUUUAUUUCAAGAUCACUCUUGAAAUAAAUCGGACGCCACAGAUCUGUGAUACUCUGAAGGAGGAUUUUUUUCUUUCUUUCUGACUUUCUGCCAUUUUUUGUUGUUUUUUUUGCCUCAUGGCUGAAAUCCCACCUGUGUGACUCACCAUGGACACGAAAUCAAAAAAUAACCUGCAAAUACUCGUUGAUCCACUGUAGGUCCGCUGCCUGUUGAAAUUACACCUGUACUUGUACUUUACUGAAACACAGUAAGUUGCACCUGAUUCUGCUUUUUACUUUGCUUUUGAUCACAAGUGACCCAGAAAACAGCAGCUGUAUAUUUUAUGUAAGUACUGUAUUAGUUUUAAAGUAAGACGCCAUCAUGCUGCACUAGUAGAAACCGGCCUCUCUGUGUCAUGUUGGAAAAGAAAACACUUUUAAACAUGACGGAGCAAAGUCGUACUUGAACACUCAAAGAGUACUUGAAAAUAACUUUUUUAUCUUACCUUGCCAAGGGAUACAUGUACAGCUGAGACUAUGGCAAAAUAAAUAAUGCACAUCACAACAAUAUUGUACUAAUAUAUAGAAAAGAGCAUCCACAGCGAACAUUAUGGAUCUGUUAUCCAAAAACUGGGACUGUUGUUGAGUUUUAGGACUUUCACCAACCGGAAACGACUUUGAAUUUACAGAGAUUUAUUAAAUGAUUAUUAAAUUCUCUAUACAAUUGAAGUUACGUAAGCUGCAGUCGUGCUGUUCAUCACCGUGUGCUGCGUGAGGGGAAAAAAAAAAAGAAAAAAAGGAAAAAGGUGCUGCUGAAUGUAUAGAAAUGUCCGUUUGGACCAGAUGGUUUCCCCCUGGGAAUUCUUGACUGUGGUCCAGUUCCGGACGAACCUACAGCAGCUCAGUCACGAGCAAAAGUACGGCAAAAGUAUUAUGUCAUGCUUUGUUUUAUCCAGCUCAUCAUCAUGUGGUUCAGGGAACAGCGGGGGGGUGGACACGAUAACAGAUACUCUUGAUUUAAGAGCAGCGAUACUGUCUUAAUGUUGCCUUCUGAAUCAGGCCACAGCCACAAUACUGGGUUUUUUCUUGUUAAGACAAAUUUUCUUAUAUAUAUAUUUUUUUUUUUUUUUCCAGGAAAGAAUAUUUUAAUUUGACUAUCAUUAUAGAGAAAUAUUGAUUGUUACACUUCCACCUAAUUAAUUCCAAUUAAAAUGGUGGUGUAAUCUCGAGUGUGUUUUAGUUAAGCAAGCAGAAAAUGUUAAAUUAUUCAACAUACAUGAAUAAUAAAGAUUUACAGUAUAAAUGAAUAAUGAAUGGUGAUUUACUUGGGUUUAAAUUGAGCUUCUCUUUGUUAUUUUCUAUAUGAUUAAUGCCACAUUACAAAGGUCUUUCCAGGAACUUAUAGGAAACUAUUCACACAUCAUAGACCCGUAAAAUAAAGAGUUACCAGCUAUUUUUGAGGCAGGUGUCUUUACUUGAAUACCGUGUACACUCAGUUUAUUAGGUACACCUAUCUAAAACUAGUCUGCAGUCUGAUGCAACAGUCCUGCAAUAAAGCCUCAAUUCAUGUUUGU